CCUGCGACCGCCCUUUUAUCAUUGUAACUUUGAGGGGGCGAUUGCUGCUUGUUCUUCUUUCGUCUGGCAUCGCAACCGGCUUGACAAGGCGACGGCACCACCAUGUUCAAGAAGAAUGGACCUCCCCUGAGCUCGCAGGAACAGGAGUACACUAACUAUGCGACCCCCGUGCGUGGAGAGGCUGAGGUGACGCGCCGUGUCGUCGAAGGCCGACCGACGGGCAACCCGGAAACGUCCGACCCGCGAGGCCCAACACAAGCUCCGGUCCAAAUGACUGAUGCCGCGGUCUUUGGCAACGGCAAGGACAACGUCAUUUCUGUGCACGGGUACAUGCACAAGCAAGGAAAGCGGUCGAUCAAAGGUCCGAUCCACAAGAGCUGGAAGAAGCGGUACUUUGCGCUGGAAAAGGCCAAGAUCUACUACUUUCAAACGCACUUGGAGUGCCGACAGUACUUUACGACUCGAAACGUCGACCUGGUCGUGGGUGCUAUCGACUUGAAGGACGCGCUGCAACUCCGUCCGUCGGCGCGUCUGGAUCUCCCAACCAAGGGGUUCGAGAUCCACACCAAGCGCCGCGUGUGGGUGUUGUGUCCCGAGAGCGACGAAGAAUACCGCAUGUGGUUCCAAGGCGUCGAGCAAGCGAUCGUCGCGAACGGCGCGGGCAACGUCAUCGAACGCAAGCUGCCAAACGUCCGCAAGUACGAGAUGAAGGGCACGGGCACGUAUCGCAUGCUGUAUGUGCUAUUCAUCCUUGCGGGGCUAGUGGAAGUGGCAGGCAUUGUGUUUUGGUUUGUCGUGGGGCUACAACCGUGCGACCAGGCGCGGCUGACCGUGUCGUGUGAGAUCAUCACGCAGCAGUCGAUGGACGACCUGCACUGCAUGAGUCAGCCAUUCAACGGCGUGUUCCGCCCGCCGCGCUGGUGGCUCAAGUUCGCCGGCGUCCAAGACGUGAUGUGCUUUGCCAAGCCCCCAAUCGCGCAAUGGGUGUCGUACUUUUCGUUGUUGGUGGCAGAAACGCUGAGUUUUGUGCUCAGUGCCAUCUACUACCUUGGCAUGUGGAAGCCCGUCCGUCGCGGCGCGCACUACCUGGACGAAUUCGAGCCCAAGCUGCCCGACGAGCAAUGGCCCAAGGUCGACGUGUUCAUCUGCCAUUACUCGGAACCCGCGGAAGAAACCAUCGACACGUUGGCCGCGUGCAUGAACUUGCAGUACCCGCCGCACUUGCUCCAGAUUUACGUGCUCGACGACGGGUACUGCAAAGCCAAGUGGACCAAGGGCAACCCCGUCCCCACGAUCGAGCUCAACAAGAGCGUGCUCGAAAGCGCCGGCGAUUUGCGCCAGGAAGUGGCCCAGUUCAUGUACGACCGCGUAUGCGACCCGAACGAAGACAUGGAAGUGUAUGCGUGGCGCAAGCUCCAUUCGGCCGCGAACCUCCCGACCGCGAGCCGUCCACGGGUGGUCAACCGCGCCGACUGCGCGGCCGGAUCGUUCCGCGACGACUACCGGUACAGCGGCCUCCCCCAUGUGACGUUUGUCGGCCGAGUCAAGCCUUCGACGCACUACUCCAAGGCCGGAAACAUCAACAACGCAUGCUACAACGAAGGCGCGAGCGGCCGAUACAUGGUGAUCCUGGACAAUGACAUGCAGCCGCACCCCAAGUUCAUCUUGGCGACGCUUCCGUUCUUCUUUGACUCGGAAGAUCGAUCCAACGCGGCCAAGUUUGCAUGCUGCACCACCGGCUGCAACCGCGUCGCGCGCAUGGUGUGCUCGUCGUGCAAGAUCGCGGGGGUACCCGAAGACCAAGUCAGCUACUGCUCGAAGCAGUGCUUUGAGAACGCCAUGCACACGUCGAGCGCACUCCACCGCCGCCAAGUGAACGGCACCAUGAGCGAGAAGCCCAACAAGGGGGCGUCCAAGCGAGUGUUGUACUGCAUGACAUGCAACAACGUGAUGGACACCCAUGGGGCGUGCAAGAUGUGCACCCAUCCCGCCGCCCCCGACAUGGAAGACGGCCUCGCGCAGUCGUCGUCGCCGUACUCGGACGCUGUCGCAGACAACGCUGUCGCGUUUGUGCAGACGCCGCAGUACUUUCGCGACUGCGUCCAGUUCCAAAUCGGUGACCCCCUCGGCCAUCGCAAUGCCACGUUUUACGAUGCGAUUCAAACCGGCCAAGAUGGAUACGACUGUGCGUCGUUUGCCGGGACGAACGCCAUCUUUCGCCGCGAAGCGUUGGACUCGAUCGGCGGGAUCCAGUAUGGCAGCUUGACAGAAGACUGUUAUACUGGCCAGCAACUGUGUGCGAUGGGGUGGAAGGGGCUGUACUUUCGCAAAGACUUUGAAGGCGAAACAUCCGAGCGCAUUCGGCUGGCCGAGGGGUUGAUCCCGGACAACGUUGCGAGUUCCCUCGCGCAGCGCAAGCGAUGGGCCAAAGGCAACUUUCAAAUCAUGCUCAUGAACAAAACCAAGAGCUACUUUGACAAGGACUGGAAGCGCCCGAGUACGGCCAUUCCCAACAACAAGAAAGCCAACGGGUUCAUGCGCAAGGUGUUUUACAUCAACUCGACCAUCUACCCCGUCAACUCGAUCAACGCGCUCCUGUUUUACUACAUGACGCUGUACUUUUUGUACACGGGGUACGCCCCCAUCUACAUGGCUGGCCUGCGCCUGCUCUACGCGUUGGUGCCCAAGCUGCUCAUCCAAGGCACCCUCUCGGCACUGAGCAACCGCAGCGUCGAGAACAACGACGUCGUGCGGUCCCAGGAGGCGUGGUUUGUGUACGCGUUCACGCACACGUCGGCCGUGCUCGAGACUUUCUGGUGGAAGAUCACGGGCAAGGAGCCGACGUGGUUUGUCACUGGCAGUUCGUCGCGCGGGUCGGCCACGGAGCUCCCGAACGUCCUCGUGUUCUUUGGGCUCGUGUUUGGCUGUGUGUGGUCGGUGAUUCGCUUCUUUGCCGCGUACAAUUCACUGCAGACGUCGCACGGCGCGUCGCUCUUGGCUGCGAGUCUCAUGAUGGGGCUGUACAUUGCCACCAAGCUUGGACCGAGUGUUCGCAUGAGCAUCCAAGAGUACUUUGGGUGGAGCUACCAGAGCUUGAUGGACCAAGGCAACUUUUUCGGCCAAUCCACGAUCGCGUUUGGCCUGGUCGUGAUUACCCUCUGGGUGUACAUGGAAAAACCCACGUCCAACCCGUUCUAACGUGGUCUUGUACUUACUCUAUCAUUUACAGUAAAUUCCAUCUUCAUUUUACGUACCAUAAGACAAUGCACGAUAAAAAACACACACGUUUGUCAAUCAUGUAUUACUUAUUAAUAGUAUAAUAUAUACGUAGUAGUUAGUAUUAAUAGUAUUGUGAAUAUAAACUUCCA